CCACAGUUCUGUUUGAAUAGACCACAGUCCCAGGAGGGGGAUCUGAGAAGUCUUGCACUGUUGCCAGGAUUUCUAAAGCGCUCUAUCCCUCAGUAGAAUGCCUCAGGAAAGGACUAGCAGCAGCCAGGCAGAGCACCCAUGGUUGUCAACAACAAGCCAGUCGCAGAGGAAAUGUGUGCCAACAGCUGGAAAGAGACAGCUGGGGACAGACAUAUCUGUAGGGUCAAUGGAGCCGUCCCCUCCAAAGGAAGGGGAUACACACCUCAGCAAGCAGCCUAAUACCUCCUCUCGAUGAGUAAGGGUGCUUUCCAACAAAAGAGGCACAAUCUGAUCAGACCACAUGACAGUGAUGACACAAGGUCAAUGCACAGGCAAGUGUACAGCAAGGGUAUAAGUUGAAACAACAGAGUCAAACUGUGUAACCCAGUAUCAGCCAUAUACUGCAUGCACUUCCUCUGUAAUUCUAUUUGCACACACAUUACUUCCUUAGAAUGCAUGUAUCCGCUCUGACCUCCCCUGCACCUCUUCGAGUGCUGUCGUUAGGACCCAAAAUCUGUUCUAGUAACAUUUCAAAUAUUUUACCCUGAACCUUGACUUCCCAGGUUGAUAGCAUAUCCAACCUGUAUUCAGUGGUGACAGGCACGAUGAAGUCCAGGUUGUUUUACAUCAUGGUUCUGCUCGCAGGACGUCUCGCUAUGAACGAAGGAAACGAAUAUUCGUGCUCCAACGACACUCAAGUUCUGUCUUACGUUCCGUCUGUAGUCGAUGUGGAUGGUGCAAGAUGCUGGAUGGAAGUUGUCAAUGAGCAGUUUAAGACGGAGAACCUCAGCACUAUUAUUAAAUCUGUGGAGAAACUAGAAAUGUGUCUUGAAAACACAGCUUUGAAUGAGACAACUUCAAUCAUUGUUGAGAGGCUUGUGGCUCACAUAUUCAGGGCCGACGGCCACUUUACAGGGCUUAAUAUAUCUGCCAGCCAAGAACGGGUAACAUCAGACAGUGACCAUGUGGCCAACACUACCGUCAAGGUCCACCUGCCCAAAGAGCUCUUGAAAACCAACGAGAACAAUACUAUUAUCUUCUGCAUGAUUACCUCACCAGAAAAAUAUGGGCAAUUGGGGAUUCUUGAUGGCCGAAUAGUAGGUCUGGCUGUAAGCAAGAAGACAGUGUUAGGUCUGCAGGACAAGGUCAACUUCUCCAUGCCUCUACAGCGCCCCACGCUGGAAAGUCAGGCUGACAAACAACCAUCUUGUCAAUUCUUUAAUUUUUCAACCAAUCAGUUCUACCAGGAUGGCUGCACCACCGAGUGGAAGAGAGACGAGGGCCGUGUGGUCUGCUCAUGUGACCACCUCACAUACUUUGCUGUGCUGAUGGUGUCUCCCUCCAUCUCUGAAAGCGAUCGGGAGAUCCUAAGCUACAUCACUCUGAUUGGCUGCAGUCUGUCUCUGUUCUUCCUGGUGGUCACAAUCGUUCUGUACGCCACUCAAAGAGGUACAGGCACAGACAUCUCCCUGAAGGUGCAUAUCAACCUGUCUGUGGCCCUGAUCCUCCUCAACCUGCACUUCCUGCCCAGCCAGCAGGUAGCAGCAUUAUCCUCCUCUGGGCCAUGUAUCUAUGUUGCUGUCCUUCUGCAUUACUCUCUACUGGCCACCUUCACAUGGACAGCAAUCGAAGGCUUCCACCUUUACCUGUUGCUGGUCCGUGUCUUCAACAUCUAUGUCAGGAGAUACCUGCUCAAACUGAGCCUGGUAGGAUGGGGAUUCCCUGCGGUCAUUGUCAUCGUGAUUGCUAUCAUUGACAAAGACACAUACAGCCGUGUGACUCUUCAACCCUCUAAGACCAAUGGCACAGCUGUGGAGAUGUGUUACCUCUCUAAUGAUGUGAUGAAGCUGGUGACCACGGUGGGUCUGUUUGCCCUGGUGUUUGUGUUUAACCUCGGUAUGCUGGCUGUGACUAUGAGGCGCCUCAAGUCUCUGCGCACUGAACAGACGUCAAGGGAGAAGGGUAGGGCCAGGAGGGACACCUGCACGGUGCUGGGCAUCACCUGUCUGCUGGGCAUCACCUGGGGCAUCAUCUUCUUCUCCUUCGGCCAGCUUACCACGCCUGGCCUCUACCUUUUCUGUGUCCUCAACUCUCUACAAGGUUUUUUCAUCUUCCUCUGGUUUUGUGUGUUCAAAUGGAAGACUGAGGACAGCCAACCUGGCAGUGACACUCACUAUACCAAUUCCAGAUCUGCCUGAGGACAAAGUCUGUUGUCAACCAAUCCAGCACUGUUGUUAUCAAUGUUCAUUUCAAACUUUAUUGCGAUUUUUUUCUUUUGAGAAUACGAGCCCUAAACUGUAGACCUUCGAAAAUGUCUACAAACCACCCACAUGUUUUGUACCAAUAUAAUAUUGUUAUUUUUUUCUUUUUGCGAUUGUUUAGUUAUGGAAUGAAGGAAGGUGUUUUCAGAAUUCCUUUCGUAUGUGGUUUGUUCAAUUCUAAAUCAUGUGAGCCAACAGGAUCUGAUGUAAUGUGCUGAGAUCCUAUCCCUCACUAGUUGAUUAACCUGCAACAGAAGAUAAAUAAGUUUGAUCUAAGCAAAACUGUAGCCUAUUCAUUGAUACUCCGCUCGAGCAAGCUGAAGUCCAGACUAGAUUUGCAUAAAACAAAUGCAAUGCCGCCAUUUUCCUCCAAAGGUUACAUAAAGAUAUUCAAAUGUUGCAGUUAUAAAAUUUGACUAUGAACAGUCAUGAAAUAAAACAGCUCCAAACAUUAGAA